AUAAUACAUUGGCCGCCUCCCAUGGGUCGCAACCUUCAUAAAAAGAACCCCUGUUUAAAGUAACAGAUCAACCUGCCGUGGAUUGGACGGAGACGUAGUAUCAGAAGCUUCCCUCUUCUUAUUCAAGAUUCUGUUCCGAUUCGUCCCCCGUCCCGUAAUUCUCUCGUCCGCCGGACGGACGCUUUUCGAGCUCGUUACGGAACCGGAAGAGGCGGAGAAGAACGCAAAUAUCUUCUUUCUUCUUCUCCAUCCGUCCUCGUUGUCUCGUCUAGGGUUCUUCUCUUUCUUCUUCGAUUAAAAAAGAGAAGGCAAAAAAAAAAAAAGGUCGAUGGCGAGCCCCAGCAGCAGAGGAGGAGGAGGUCGGGUGGUUGGAGAGUACAUGAUAGGGCGGCGGAUCGGAUCGGGGGCGUUCUCAGAGGUGUGGCUGGGGCGGCACCGGGUUCGGGGAACGGAGGUGGCCGUGAAGGAGAUCGUCAUGGAGCGCAUGAGCAAGAAGCUCCAGGAAAGUCUUCUCUCCGAGGUUUUCUUCCUUCGAAAGAUCAACCACCCCAACGUCAUCGCCCUUCACGACUUCAUCCAGGCCUCUGGGAGGAUAUAUCUCAUAUUGGAGUACUGCAGAGGUGGUGAUCUAUCCAAGUAUAUACAGCGCCAUGGAAGAGUUCUGGAAGCAACUGCAAAGAAUUUCAUGCGACAGCUAGCUGCUGGUUUGCAGGUCCUCCGUGAAAAUAAUGUUGUUCAUCGGGAUCUAAAGCCACAGAAUCUACUUCUUUCAACAUCUGAUGGCAAUUCUGUGUUGAAAAUUGCAGAUUUUGGCUUUGCCAGAUCUCUGCAGCCUCGUGGCCUAGCUGAAACUCUGUGUGGUUCCCCUCUUUACAUGGCUCCAGAAGUAAUGCAAUGUCAGAAAUAUGAUGCAAAGGCAGAUCUCUGGAGCGUUGGUGUCAUUCUAUUCCAACUCAUAACUGGAAAAACUCCUUUUGAUGGAAAUAGUCAUCCACAGUUGCUCCAGAACAUAGGCAAAGCAAAUGUGCUACAUUUACUUUCUGAUAGCAAUUUGAGCCAUGACUGCAUUGAUUUGUGCCAAAAAUUACUGCGCCGUAAUCCAGUGGAGCGUCUAACAUUUGAAGAAUUCUUCAACCACCGAUUUCUUUUGGAGCAUCCUUUAGAUGAAAGAUUGAGGCGGACAUCAUGCAAUGUGAGAGAUGACACUCCAUUGGUUGAGUGUAAUCCAACUAGGCCAUCAGGAGAAAGUUCUCAGGAAGACUGUCUGCCUUUCCCUUUAGAUGAUGAAUCCAGUGGGCAAGAUGGAAGUCCAUCUCUGGCCAUGAAAAAGAGCUCAGUGAGGACCACUUAUGGAUUCUCUGUUGAUAUCAGAUUAGACAAUAAUGUUGCUCGUAGCACAUCCAAAAAUAUAGACAUUGUUUCCGGAUAUAAUUCCACGAAUAGUCUAGAAGCUGCUGGUUAUAGGCAUGAUUCCCACAGAACUCCUGGUGGAAAUGCCAACGAUACCAAGUUAACCAUGGAACAAAGACCUUCCAAUGUUUCGUCGAAAGAUUCUACAACCAUAGAUUCUCUAGAGUUUGCUGACCAUGAUUAUGUCCUUGUGCCCGAACCACCCCUGGAGAUGUCAUCUUCUCCAGUUAGUGCCUCCCAGUCACGCAAUUCACCAUGCAAAUCAGAAAGUUCGCCAAUUGCAUCUCCAGAGUUUAGUGCAUUAAGUGCACCAAUGCCAAUAAUUGGUGCAGCAAUCAACAAAACUCGUGCCAUUGGGAGCCUGGAAAGUCACAGCUCUCCAGCAUCUGAGACUUCACAAGGAUCAAUGGACAUGGGAGAUGCUAUGGAGCAGCCAUCAGCCCACUGCUUGACAAGGAUUAGAUCAUUGCAGCGAUGUGCGUCUGUCAUAACAGAGUUGGUGAAAGACAAGAUUGAAAAUGGUAGACGAUUGGAAGCAUUUGCAGUUCAGCUAGUAGUUCUUGCAAUUUGGAAGCAAGCGCUGCACAUCUGCCAUGCACAGGCUGCUUCAGCUAUGGAAGGAAGCCCAUCUCCGGAGACCAGGACUAGGGAGAGUAACAAGGAUGCUUCCAAUACAGGAGAAUAUAUCAGCUGCAUUGGUUCUAAACUGCCAGUUGCUGUGUGUUUGCUAAUCGAAAAAGAAUUUCUUCUUGAAGUUGGGCAUGCAGAGGAGCUUGCUGUGGAUUUUGGGCAGAUUGCUGAGGAAAAAAAAAUCACAUGCAGAAACUACAGAGAUGCCAGAUGCAAUUGAGAUAAUAUUCCAAUCUGCACUCGCAUUCGGCAGACAUGGUGCUGUUGAUGAGAUGAUGGGAAAUACAGGGAAAGCUUCUUCUCAGUAUUCAAAAGCAGUAUGCUUGCUGUAUUUUCUUCUGGUUGAAGCCCCCUCUCUUGCCCUCAGCCCGCCAUUCUCGCCCACAAAUUCUGAUCGAUACCGCCUCCGAUCCUACUUUGAUGUCCUGAACAGCAGGCAAGGUCGGUCUCUGUCCCAAAGGAUGGCCCUCAAGUGCGAUGAUGAAUAGAGGCCUUGAAAGAAGCCUAUUUAGUGUGCUGGGAAGCAGUGUGCUUGGUCGUGUUAUAUUCAUUUAAUUGUACAGUGAUUCUUUUGGCCCGUGGGGCUUUGCAUCCAUGACGAAUCUGGUGCAAUUUCUGUAAACAUAGAGAAGCUAAUUAAAUGAAUGUGACAAUCCAAUUCUCUUAUAUGAGUCCUUGUUUUGUAGUAA